UAAUUUGUUUUCUUCUAGAAUAAAAAAAUUGUUUCAGAGUUCACCUGAAUCUACCAGAGACUCCUUGGGAUCUCAAGAUGACUCCCCUAUUUCUUUUGGUUUUGAUUUCAGUAGUAAAAUCCCAAGACCCCAGGGACCUCCAGGAUCACGAGGAACAGUGUAUUGGCAGCUCCUGUCACCCCCGGGUGGGUGACCUGAUGAUUGGUCGAGCGGCGCAGCUUUCGGCCUCAUCAACCUGUGGCCUCAAGGGACCUCAGAAUUACUGCAUCAUUGGCUAUCUGGAGGGACAGAAGAAAUGUUUCACAUGUGACUCUCGUCUUCCAUACCAUCGCAACAACCCAAACAGCCACCAUAUUGAAAACAUCAUCAGUACUUCCGACCAUACGGGCAGAAGGAAGUGGUGGCAGUCUGAGAAUGGGGUUCACCAGGUCAGCAUUCAGCUGGAUCUGGAGGCCAUGUUUCAGUUCAGUCACCUGGUGCUAACCUUCAAGAGUUUCAGGCCUGCAGCCAUGUUGGUGGAGCAGUCAAAAGAUUUUGGACAGAGUUGGAAAGUCAUUCGUUACUUUGCAGAAGAUUGUGCAGUUCAUUUUCCUUCAGUUCCUGAUGAGCCAGCCUGGAACAUCGAUAAUGUGGUCUGUGACAGCAGAUACUCAAGUCCAGAGCCCUCUACUGGUGGAGAGGUAGUGCUGAAAGCACUGGACCCUGUCUUUGAAAUAGAAAACCCAAAUGCGCCGGAAAUUCAAAAUCUAAUCACCCUGACGAAUAUACGAGUAAACUUCACUCGUCUCUUCACCCUUGGUGACACACUGCUGGCACGAAGGCGGAGGAACCCUCAUGUAAAAUAUUAUUACUCCCUUUACAACAUGGUGGUUCAGGGAAGAUGCUUCUGUAAUGGACAUGCAAGCCGAUGUGUUCCAGAGGACAGAGGACGUGGGGAUGUCUUCUCUCAGCCUGACAUGGUUCAUGGCCGAUGUGUUUGCCAGCACAACACAGCUGGAAAAAACUGUGAGAGGUGUCAAGAGUUCUACAAUGACUCCCCCUGGAAGCCUGGAGGCCAAUACACAUCCAACACCUGCAAGAGGUGUAACUGUCACGGUCACUCUGACUCGUGUCACUUUGAUGCAGAUCGAUAUGCAGCAACCAGUGGUGUGAGCGGUGGUGUGUGUGACGACUGCCGCCAUAACAAGACGGGGCCUCAGUGUGAACUAUGUCGACCUUUUCUGUAUCAGAACCCCCAGCGAGCUAUGGAUGACCCCCAUGCCUGCAUACCGUGUGACUGCGACCCAGCUGGCUCUCUUGGUGAUGGCCUGUGUGAUGCAUCAAGUGGUCAGUGUUUCUGCAAGGAACAUGUGGAAGGUCAACGUUGUGAUCGUUGCAAACAAGGGUUCUUCAAUCUCAGACAAGACAGCCCAACUGGUUGUCAAGAGUGUGAGUGUCACAGUUUAGGAAGUGUUGGGUCAUGUGAUCAAUGGACUGGAAGUUGUGAAUGCAUGCCUUUGGCGAGUGGUCCACAUUGUGAUCGAUGUGUGGCAGGCUUCUGGGGUUUGGGAAACUCCGUGUUUAGUUGCUCACCCUGUGAAUGUGACAUUGGUGGAGCUCAUAACAAUACUUGUUUUCCAGAGGAUGGGCAAUGCCAUUGUUUACCCAAUAUUGUUGGUCAGCACUGCUCUGACCCUGCUCAUGGAUACUUCCUACCAUCCCUGAAUUACUUCCUGUAUGAGGCAGAGCAUGCAACUCCAAUGACAGGAGGAAACUCCAUUCCUCCUCGAGCUUCAUCCUCCGUCUCUCCUUUGGAGAAUCCAGCUUUACCUCCAUGUGAGCAGUAUUUUAAAGAUCAAGGUUUUAACUUUAAGAUCUCUAAUGGAAAAGUGACGCUGGUUCGAAGAACUCAUGUCAAUCGUCUGAGGCGACAGCACAACAUGAUUCCUCUUGAGCCAGGCAAUGCUCUGCAGAUUAUUCCUCGUCAGAGGUUGGCUAAUAAGCCUGAAAAGUGGACUGGCCUUGGAUUUGUAAGAGUGGUGGAUGGGGCAGGGCUUGUAUUCACUGUGGAAAACCUGCCAGCAUCGAUGGAGUACCAGCUGGUGAUCCAUUAUGAGCCAGAGUCUCCUUCUGAUUGGCUGGCUACUGUGCACAUUAUCACGCUGUUGCCAGGUGACAGAGGCUGCAGUGACAACCCAGCAGGAACUAAAGCAUUAAGUCUUCCUGGAAACUCCAGAUUAAGUAUUCUGGACUCAGGGAUUUGUCUGAAUACAGGAGGUCGGUAUAUUGUGGAAAUUCUCUUUCAAAAAAAGACAACAGUUGGCAGUUUACACAUCCUGGUGGACUCGAUGGGGCUCAUCCCAAGGAUUGAUUCAGUUCAAGAUUUCUGCUCUCAAAGAGUCCUUGACUCUUACCAUCGUUUUGACUGCAUUGGACUUGCUGCCAGACCUGGUUCUCAGGAUGCCCUCCCUAAAGUCUGUGAGCAGCUAAUCAAGAGCCUCUCAGCACGGAUCCACCAUGGAGCCAUUGCUUGCAGGUGUAAUGUCAUUGGCUCUCUCAGACCAGCUUGCAGUAAGCUGGGGGGGUUCUGUGAAUGCAAACCCAACGUGAUUGGCCGUUGCUGUGACACCUGUGCACCGCUGACUUUUGGAUUUGGACCUGAAGGCUGUACACGAUGUGAGUGCGAUCCUCGAGGCUCAGUGUCAGAGAUGUGUGAUCAGGUCAGAGGUCAGUGUGCAUGUCGCUCACAGAUAAAAGGCAGACGCUGUGAUCAGUGUCAAAGUGGACUCUGGGGAUUUCCACUGUGUCGACUGUGUGACUGUAACGGACUGUCAGAGGUGUGUGAAGAACUGACAGGAGAGUGUGUGAACUGCAGAGAGCACGCUGCUGGACCGAGCUGCAACAGGUGUGAGGUGGGUUACUAUGGGAAUCCAGUCUCCGGACAAUCCUGUCAGCCCUGUAUGUGUCCAGACUCUCUUAGCAGUGGACGAUUCUUUGCUACUUCGUGUCAACAGGAUCUAAAGUCUUCCAGUGUGAUGUGUUUCUGCUGGGAGGGCCACACAGGUGCACACUGUGACCAGUGCAGCCCUGGUUUCUAUGGCAAUCUGACGUUACCCGGUGCCCACUGUCAGCCAUGCCCAUGCAACAACAACAUUGACCCAGAUGAUCGAGACGCCUGUGACAGUUUGACUGGAAAAUGUCUGCACUGCCUUCACAACACAAGGGGGCCGCAGUGCCAACACUGCAUACUUGGUUACUAUGGCAACGCCUUGCAGUCAGACUGUAAAGAAUGCUCCUGUGACAGGCGGGGGACUGAGGUGGGUCAUUGUCAUCAGGGGCGCCCCUGUUUCUGUGAUCCAACAACGGGACAAUGUCCCUGCAGGACCAGGGUAGUGGGAGUUCUCUGUGAUGAAUGUGAGGAUGGAUCCUGGGAUCUAAGUGGAGCGUUGGAAUGUCAGGCCUGUAGAUGUGAUCCUGCAAACUCUAUCUCCAACAUCUGCGAUAAGGUGACAGGACAGUGUCCCUGUCAUCCAGGGUUUGGAGGAAGACAGUGUGAUAAAUGUGGAGAUAGUUACUUUGGGAAUCCAGACCUGCAGUGUUUGUCCUGUGACUGUAACCUGGAAGGAAGCGAGCAUCCACCAUGCAACCCUGAAACUGGUGAGUGUCUUUGUCGAGCAGGUGUUGCCGGAAUCUCCUGUGACGAGUGUGCUCCAGGUUACGAGUCCGAGUUUCCAUCCUGCAAAAAGUGUCAUCCAUGCACAUCUCUGUGGAUCCAAAAUGUCACCAAUGCCCAAAAAGCUGCCCAGAGAGUGAAGACAUUUAUUUCUCACCAUGGCAACAACCAACAUCCCCCAGGCAGUCAUUACUGGCAACAAAUGCUUGCAAUGUACCCCAAGUUGGACGCUCUCGCCAACCUGACAUGUCUCUCGCUGUCGAAGGUGGAAAAUAUGGAGAAACUUUACUUGCAGAUCAGGAAGCUGAAAGAUGCUGUUGACUUGACACCGAUUCUGAUUGACCCGUCUCCACUCCUACAUGCUGAGAUUGGUUUUUUGCACUUGGAGUUUAACAAGCUUCUAACAAAGCUGAAGGAUAAGCUCCUCCAAGAGCCAAACAAAAAGGAAAAGCAGCGAUUGAAAGAAUCUGAUGCAGAGGCUAUGGAUGAGAUUCGGCAGCUUCAUCAAGUUUUUAUAGCUGAUGAAAAGAGGAUUAGAAACUCCAACAAAGUCACGAUGGAUUCCAUAGACACCAGACAGGAAAUCAAACUCAAACUGAGCAUGUGCAGAAACAGGGGAAACCUCGCAGCAUUGGAGCAGAAGGUCAAAGAGCUCAGUGAGAUCAAACUAAACCAAAAGAUCUGUGGAGCUCCAGAUCUGGAUGACUGUUCAAAAUGUGGUGGAGGUCAUAUGCGUGUUGGAGUUGUUCCCCAUACUCAAAAAACUUCCAAGAUGGCGGACAACAUAAAGGAGCAACUCGCCAAACUACCGUCAUUUCUGCAGAAAUUCAUGAAAAAGAUCACUAAUGCUCAGCUGUUGGCUGAGGGCUUCAAAGACCAAACCAGCGACUUGCAGUACCAGAUCACUAACAACAGCAUGUCCUUGGAAACAGAGAAGAUCAAAACCAAGGAAAUAAUCCAGCAAAUCAGAGAUUACCUCAUGGAUGAAAUGGUACCCUCAGAGGACAUUGUGAAAAUGGCCAAAGCUGUUUGGACCAUCCAGUUGCCACCGUCAUUAGUUGAGGUUCGCUCAGCAAUCAUUGACAUCCUGAAUCUGAACAGCAAUGCUUCCAAAUACCAGGAUCAUGCGAAGGAGCUUCAGACAAAACCUGAGACUGUGCAGGAGCUGCUGAAGAAAGCCCAUCAACUCAAGAAAUGGACUGAAAAUGUAGAUGUCGAAGAUAUCAGCAGAGACAUUUCUGCCACUGACGGAGCUCACAACAAAGCCAACGGCAACCUGAAGGCAGCAAGUCAAGUCAGAGACCAAUCCAAAGACCAAAUCCAAGAUACUGAAAACAAAUUAGAGCACAUUGAGAAGAAGCUGAUGAUUCACUCUGAAGAUCUGUGGAGAGGACUUGAAUCUAUGAAAAAUAAAACUGAGAGCAGUAGAGAGCUGGCCAGAGAGGCCAAGGAGACUGCAGACUCAGCUUUUAACAGUGCCAAUCAAACGAAUCUGCUGGAUGUCAUGAUGCAGUUUGAGCUUUUAAAGCAGAAGCACUUAAAUCGUACACUGAAAGUCCGAGCAGCAGAACAGUUGAAGGAAAUCUUAAAUGAGGCCAAAGAUGUUCAGAAACAAGUGGAGGAUGGACUUCAACAGGUGCAUGAUGUGGAGCAGAAAAUUCAGCAGUUGCUGCAGAGGAAGAAACAAAAAGCUGUUGAAGUGGCAGAACUGCUGGAGAUGGCGGAGUUGCUGCAACAGGAAAUUGCCUCUCGCGCUGAAGAAUACACCAUCUGUUCCUCGUAAAUAAUGCAGCACCCUUCUCACGUCUGAAAUUAAAACAAACCACUCUAAUUCUUAAUAUACGUUUCUGUAAUGAACCUUAUGAUAAAUAAAAAAUAUAAAAAUACAUGUUGAGGUACAACAAAAACAAAAUUAAAAUUUAAAAAAGAUUUCUAAGUCUAACACUGAAAUACAUGUUUGUUUUUCUUACAGAUAAUGUUUUUACAAAAAUAAAGUGUUUCAUUUGGACAAUUA